UAGUUAAUCGGCCUGAAACUUGAAACCAUAACCCCUCCUUUUACUAAACAGUUUCACGAUUUCGGUGUAAAUGGAUCGGUUUGAUUUUGGUAAAUGAUUUCAAUUACAAAUUCACAUCCUUAACCCACAUAAUAAUGACCCACAUGUUAAUGAGGUGAGGGACAGGAAAGUAAAGAUAUGGUAAAGUGAAGAAAUCCUACCCCGGCAGCGUUUGGUUGGGGGGACAGAGAUAGGGAGAAGGAAAAAACAGAGGGAAAGAGCAUGACGGAUAUGAUCGGAGUUCGUUUUGCGCAGGUGUUUCAGAGCCAUGGGCUGGGAAUGAUCGGUUUUCAGGGCCUGUUAAUUUCUUAGUUCGGAGCCGAUUGCGUUCCUUUCUUUGUUCGGUUGCAGACGAUCGGAGUGUAGGGUUUCAUAAAUUUCGAUUUUAGAGUCGAAUGGGGGUAGCCAAUGAGCAAUAGGGGCUCGAUCAGGGUUAUUAGAGGGUAGAUGAGGACGAUUGAUAGAAAGUUCUCUUCCAUUCGUGGAGAACGAAGAAUUGGUAAAAGAAAAUUGAAAGAAAUUGAAAUCCGGUUGGCCGAAUCCUAUAUUUGAAAGAGGAACUUUAACGAGAGAGAGAGAGAGAGAGAGAGUAUUAAUCUUGUUUCUGUAGCGAAAGGGGAGGGAGGAAGAGAUGGAAGGAAUUGAGCACGGAAUGGUGAGUGUGAAUGGAAUAAACAUGCACAUAGCGGAGAAAGGGGAAGGUCCUGUGGUGCUGCUUCUUCACGGGUUUCCCGAGCUCUGGUACUCAUGGAGGCACCAGAUUUCUGCAUUGGCCUCCCACAGCUACAGAGCUGUGGCUCCUGACCUCCGUGGCUUUGGUGAUACCGAUACUCCUCCUUCAACCACCAGCUAUACCGCUUUUCACGUUGUUGGGGAUCUUAUUGCCCUCAUCGAUCUCCUCGGCCAAGAUCAGAUUCAUGGGCGAGAGGGGUUUCAUGUGUUUGUGGAGAUGAUCGGAGUUCGGUUUGCGGCUUCGUACCCCAACAGCGGUGGUGGGAUGAUGGAGGACCUCGGUUGGUGAACAACACGAUGAAUGUUGCAGCGGUGGUGGGACGAUGCAGGCUUGCCUAAGUCCCCAUCAAAGUCCCACCAAUUUGUUGGUGGGACUUUGGUGAGGGUUAGGGUCAGGGUUAGGAGAAAAUAGCGUCCACGUGGGUCGAUAGAAAAUGACACCAUGUUUCCACAUAAUCCCACCCAAGUUAAGCAAACAGAUCAAAUCUUGUUGGGUAGGAUACUCCGUACAAUUACGUCACCCCUCAAAUCAUACUCCAACAGAACCCUUCUAAACAAACGGGCCUUAAAUGUUUACCAAAACUUACGGUACUUUGAUCAAAACUAUACAUCUCCUAUAGCUUAGAUAUCAAAGCUCUAUGUUUUUCGUGGAGCAAGUUUUGUAGAGUUGAAAUUCGAUAUGUAAAUUGGGAAUUUAGGGUCUAUUUGUACAUAAAAUUUAUGUCUUAUCCAAUUUAUCACUUGAUAGUCAUUUGUAUGUACGAGCCAAUGAGAGGAUGCAUUGGGUAACACGAUCUUUCAGCACUCAUUGUUUCUAAUCGUAUACUUACACCAA